CCUCACCAAGAAAUCCACUAGAAAGAAUAGCUAUGGCCAAGUACACUACUUUUCUUGUCCUCCUCUUUUGCAUCCUCCUUGUGGCUGCAACCGAAAUGCAAAUGGCAGAAGGUAAAUACUGUUGGAAGAAAAGUCACAAGUGGAAUGGGCCUUGCCAUUACUCUUACAAAUGUAUCCAUCAUUGCAAGCAUUGGUUUGGCGCUAAAUAUGGUAUAUGUAAGAAGUACAAACCAUGGGGUCACAAAUAUCACUGGGCAAAAUAUGCUUGCUACUGCUACUCUCCUUGCCAUCAUUGAGGAACUUCAGAGUCUCAAGGGUUGGCUUUGACUACAUAAAUAAAUAAGAACCUACCUAUUUUAUGUGUGUAAUAAGGUUGAUUUAAGUCCCUAGUCUGAACCUUUUUGGUCAGGCUUUGCCUGAUGAGCAAUUGUGUUGCUUUCAUUGUAUUGUAUGCUUUGUCUACUAGUGUUGAUGUGAUUAUGGUUAUUGCUAAAUAAAUAUUUGUUGUGGUUCAAUGAA